AUGGCUUCCACCGCUGCUGCUGAAAUCAUCGGCGCCAACAAGGACCUGGCUGUGGAGAUCCUACCGCAUCUGCCGGCGAAAUCCCUCAUUCGGUUCAAGUCAGUCUCCAAAGCAUGGCUCUCUCUCAUCUCCACUCCUUACUUCUCUCUCCUCUGGCAAUCCCAUCAUCAUCCCAAAGUCUCCGGCCUUUUCCUCAACCCUAGAUCCCAAGCUGAAACCAUCCAAUACGUUCCUCUCACUCACUCCGACGACUUGAGGAAUCAAUGUGAUAUUGCAACGUUAUUAAUGGUGGAGAAGAAAACAAUUAACCAUUCAAUACGUUCCUCUCAAUUAGUGACGGAGCCAGGAUUUCAAGCUAAGCAUGGUAAUCCCAACUUGAUUCAAAUACAUAUUUAUUCGUCGGAAACCAAUGACUGGCGGAGAUCACCACUGGAUGAUCAUAUUGGUGAUUUUCAUCCUACCCCGAAAUCAUUGAAUGAAGGAGUCUAUUGCAAUGGUUCCAUCCAUUGGCUUUCUUACCCCAAAGAAAAAACUUCCUCAUACUUCGAUGUCAAUCAAGAAAGAUUUUGCCCAAUGCCUACUCCACCAUCUGCAGGUUUUGAAUUCUUGCAUCAUUUCGGAGAGUCCGGAGGUCAUUUGCAUGUUAUUAACUAUUAUAUGGGAUUCAAUGUCAACGUCUGGGAGAUGGAAAGUGAUUAUUCCAAGUGGACAACCAAGUAUCAAGUUUGCCUUAACAUGACGACGAUGGUUGUUGAUCUUGCAUUAGUUAUGCGCGAGGAUACAACGCUUAGUUUAAUCCACAAUGAAGAUGAAGGGGAUGUGUCUUUGGUACUUGUUGCACGCAUCGAGAUGAAUUAUAUGAUCAUCUCCUACAACAUUAAGGAGAACACCUUUAAGAAGUGGGUUGUACCUGUUACGUCUUUGACCCUUUUAUCCAUCGUUAUAUUGAGACACUCUUUCCUGUUUGAUUGA